ACAAAACAUUAGCAUGAUGAACUCAGUCGCUUCGGAACUUCGGUACGAUAUGUUCUUGGUUUUUUUGAUCGCGCUCUUCACCAGUGUCAGGAGUGUUGACUUGCCGGAGCCAAAGUUUCAAGUCCUCACUCCGGACGAGUUGAUGGUCGAAGUGCCCCAUUAUGGCGAGGCGAAGUUAGUGAUGUUCCGGAUAGGUGUUAGACGCAAAGACCAAAAUGAGGAAUAUCUAGAACUGGGGGAGAACGACGUCAGCAACCACCGGAUUUUCAUUUACGACCAGCGGCUCAACUUGCAGAAAGACGAUGUCGUGAAUUACUUACUCGCGUUUCGAGAUAAAAAGGGUUACGAGGCACGAACGGGAAACUACGUUUUUGAUGGAGUUUAUUGCAAGAAGCCUCGUCGUAACCGCUUCCGUCGCUCGAUUUCGACAACGACCGUCAGAGCCGAGUUUAAUCUCGACGGCCCUGAUCCUGACACCGAGGAGGCCUUUCCGGUGGAGCCCCGCUUUGGGCACCAUCCUCACCGAGGUGGGGGCUGGCCGAACCACGGCCCCCAUCACGGGUUCAACCCUUUCGGGCCGCACCGGCCGCACUAUCCCCCGUUUUCGCCCUACCCCAACCAACCGCCACCUUUUGGACCUCCCCCGAACUUCGGGGGUGACUGCAAUGACCAUCGGCACGACCGGUGCCACGGACGCGACACCGAAAGGAUCGAGGGCUCCACUGAGACAAGUGUGGACUACCACUGCAAAAUGUGCAAGUACGGCAGUUCCGAAAGGACUUCCACCACAACUGUGGCGAGUACGACUGAAGACUCGCCCGAAAUUGAUAUUAGGUUUUCUGACUAGUGUCUUGUAUUACCGUUUUUUAAUAAAGUAUUUUCAUGGAA